AUGCAUAGCUUAGAGAAAAUCUGUUUUGCUAUUCUCUUAGCGUUGGUCAGCUGUGUUUUGGCUACUGGAAACGAUAUGAAGGACGCUGGCCAAGAUAGGAGAGCUCACAGCGAUCGAGGAGGCCAGCUGUGGUUCGGACCUCGCCUUGGGAAGCGAUCUUUAAAGCUCUCCAGUGAAGACAACAGGCAAGCAUUCUUCAAGCUUUUGGAAGCUGCGGAUACUCUGAAGUAUUAUUACGACCAGUUACCCUACUACGAGGGUCAAGCUGACGAACCAGAACCCAGAGUUACCAAAAAAGUGAUUUUCACACCAAAAUUGGGACGAAGCCUAUCGCCAUAUGAAGAGAAGAUCUACGAGAACGUAGAAUUCACACCCAGGUUGGGUAGACGACUGUCUGAUGACAUGCCCGCCACACCAGCCGACCAAGAAGUUUAUCGGCCAGACCCUGAACAAAUCGACAGCAGAACAAAAUACUUCUCCCCAAGACUUGGCAGGACAAUGAACUUUUCUCCAAGACUUGGUCGUGAACUUGCCUAUGAAAUGUUUCCAGAAAAAGUCAGAGUGGCCCGGAGCGCCAACAAAACAGAUUCAACAUAA